AUGCAUCGUCUUUUUGCUGAGCUGGAGCCAUCUUUAACCGUCACAGAGCAAAACCUGGCAGACCGAGUUCGGUAUAUCUUGCGCUCAAAUAUAUUUGAUGUCGCCGAACUCGAACGGCUACGACGUGAGGCUGUUCCCUCGUCGGAUGAGAAUGCUACGGCUGAGGAUGCGGCGCCACAAAUGGUAGAUCGCCCAGGAACUGGAAUUAGAGCAUAUGAGGAGUACAUUGGAAGAGGCGAUUGUGGAAACGCGCAGUACGUAAGCAAGCGGAAUCGGGCUGUCGUGAGGGCUCUGAACCUAAUGCUGGUGACCUAUUUGGAAGCCAGCCGGGACCUUUGCGAGACGGACUCAAUUCUUUUUGGCGCCGCGCUGGCAGUCUGCCGUAUUAUAGGCGCCAAGGUUUCCACGGCUGGACGCGCUACUGGCCAUAGUAGCGCUAUCCCAGCAUGGAGAAGAAGAAUUGAGGAACGUAUCGCAAAGGCUAGAGCUCUCAUCGGCAGACUGAUAUGCUUCAGAUCAGGCAACAACAGGCCAAAAAUUGUGCGCACCGUCAGGAUGGCGUUUGCUGGGACAAAUGUCAGUUUGUCCCAGCCGGAUAUAACGCAAAAACUGACGGAGCGCAUAGAUGAUCUGAAGCAGAGAAUCGCUGCUUGA